CAAACACCACCUGUUUAAUUGCGGGUUCUUAAAGGGAAAACAGAAGGAAACACUGCUUUCCACUGUGCGCACUAAGUGAGCUUUGCCACGCCGAGACGUUAAGGGACAGAUUAUGUAGCGGUCACAAGAGCUGAGACGGAGUCACCUUGGGUUCCUUGGGAAAUGCUGGCACCCAGGGCCUUGCAGUCACGGCUGGACACUGCCUAUCCUGGUUUGCCAUCUUGGGAUCCCAUGGCUGUCCUUACUGGGCUCUGGGGCCCCCUUGCCCAUGCCAGCAGAGCAUUCGGCCAGCGCUGCUUCAGCACCUCUGGGAGCCUCGGGGCAAUCCAGAAGAUGACUCGGGUGCGCGUGGUGGACAACAGUGCCCUGGGGAACACCCCCUACCAUCGGCCUCCUCGAUGCAUCCACGUCUACAACAAGAGUGGGGUGGGCAAGGUAGGCGAUCAGAUCCUGCUGGCCAUCAGGGGGCAGAAGAAAAGAGCACUCAUUGUGGGCCAUCGCAUGCCUGGCUCCCGGAUGACUCCAAGGUUUGACUCCAACAACGUGGUCCUCAUCGAGGACAAUGGGAACCCUGUGGGGACUCGGAUUAAAACACCCAUCCCAUCCAGCCUUCGCAAGAGGGAAGGCGAGUAUUCCAAGGUGUUGGCCAUAGCUCAGAACUUUGUGUGAGCAGAGCGGCUCUGAGCCAUGCAGGCGUCCCUUCACACUGGUGACAUGUCGUGGAACAGAAUAAAUGUUUUAAUGUGUGUUUUCUUCCUA